AGAAAACAUUUCAAUUUGGCGCACAAAUACAGCUACAAGCGAAAUAUUAAUACAAUUUCCGCUCAUCGACUUGCAACACGAAAUACGCUUUUAACAGUAUUACCGAAAGUGCCGAACACGAAAUAUAAUAACGGUUAACACGCACCAAUAAUUUCAACUUGACCACCGUUAGUUGGAUUUUAUGCAAUUUAAUUAAAAAUGGCAUUGAAAAUUUCUAUAUUAAAAGCCAUUCUGGCGGUGGCCAACACAGUGCUGCCGCUACUUGGUAUUGGUCUGAUUGCACUUUCUGUUUACGAGCUAAAUACGUCAACGCCUGGAACUAUGCAACACAUUUCGAUUGUUAUACAAAUUUUUAUUGGCUCAUUUGUGGUGUUGACCUCCUUUCUGGGUUGCUUUGGACUGUGUCGCGUGUCGUUGGGUCUAACUUGGAGUUACGUAAUUUGCAUGCUGAUCUUACUGACAUUCCAAAUUUAUUUGAUCACCGUUGCCGGCGUAACGGAUUAUGUACAAAAUACAACUGAUCACUUGAACAAAUUGUGGAGCAAUGUGACUGUGAAUGCUGCAGAGAUUGCGCAGGUGGAGCAACAGUACGAAUGUUGCGGCAAAUUGGGCUCCAAGGAUUAUAUACUAUUGGAAAGGCGUAUACCGAAGAACUGCUACCGAAACUUUUCUGGUCAAGAGAGUGAUUUGUUCAAAGAAAGCUGUUUGACGGUACUCCAGGGCAUGGCACGGAAAUGCGGUAGCACAGGACUCGCUAUUAAGUUGACGCUAUUCGGUUUUGAGGUUGUGGCUCUAUUUUUUGCUGGCUUUAUGGGUAUUACCAUACGGAAUAUGCGACGUAGAGAUCAAUUUGUGGACAAUUAAAAUUCAUGUCGACAGCCACAUAAAAAUAAGCAUAUUUUGUAUUAAUCACCUCAUACAAAGAUCUCUUAGGUGGAUAACUGAAAUAUCUGAGGAGACACAGUUUCGAAUCUCCAUUUUUGUAGCCUACAGCGAAUAUGCCCACCAAAUACUAAAUAUUAAAAAAUUGAUUGUUU